UCUAUGGUAGCGCUUGUUUAAUUUUUCAGUUCAUUAAAGAAUCAAUUUUUCUUCUUCAUAUAGAACAUCGAUUCAACACUGUUAAGAGAUACAACAAAUAGUAACUGAUGUUGAGUGUAAGACAUAAUAUAGUGAGAUCUAGGUCUCUGUUGUUGAGUAUACCGAUAAGGUUUAACUCUCUGAAUGUCAAGAAAGAGGUUAGUUCCAGACAAGCAGAAAUCGAUAAACAAGAAGCAGCCAAGCUUGCCAUGCAAUCAAUGAAAGAUAUUGGAUCAUUAUUCUCAUCAGGAUCAGAUGAUGCUACCCAACCUAUAGAUAGCACACCUAUAUUCCAAAAUCCUACUUUAUUUGCAUCAUUGAGUCUUUUACAUCAGGGUCAAGUGUUGGCUGAAUUACAAGAUAAGUUCAAUAAGAAAUGGACUAAAUUAACUAAGGAAGAUAAAUUAUUAGGGUAUUAUAUAUCAUAUGGGAAUUGGGGCAGUCGUGAAGAUUUCAUAAAUUGGAAGAGUUCAGACGAAGCACCAUAUGAUUUGCCAUUUAAAUUACCUACUGCUAUCAAAUCUACUAAUCCUACAUCCACUACUAAUAUUCAAAAAUUGGAACCAAAUAUAUUAGCUGAAACUCCAGUCCGUAUAAAACAAUUUGAUAUGAAGAAGAUGGAUGGAGUUUCUAAAUUUUUCAUUUACUUAACUGUGUUCAUUGCUAUGUUAGCCAUUUAUAGAGAUAAAAACAUUGGAGAAGAUGGUAAACCUGUUACAUUAGAGAUUCAAGAUCAACAUGAAAUAGAAAGACAAAAGAGAAUUGAAUUAGAAAAGAAACAAGAAUUCGAUCGUCAAAUUCAAGAAGCUAUUGCAUUGGAAAAUGCUAAAAGACGUAAAUGGUACUACUUAUGGUUGAAGUAAGUAUCCAGACAGUAAUUGUAAAUAGUUAUAUAUUAAGUAGUAUAGUAAAAGAAUUAAAUAAUGACAACAAAAAACCUUAUUAUAUAAAUACACUGUGACAUAGAAAACAAAAUAUACAUGUAUAAAAUAUACCCUUUCCCAAA